CCCAAUUGUUUCUCCAAUUCUUCGUUCUUAGCCCAUUUUUCAAAGCAACUGUUUGGAUAACCAAAACAAAACUUAAUCCUCCAUCCUCCCAUGGCGGUUUCUCCCCACUCUUUUCCGCCCAGAAAGCGGCGUCCCUCGGCGGCGGCAUUCGUCUCCCCCAAACUCUCCGCCCCAAUCCUCCUCGAAUCUCUCCUCUCUCUCUGCCAUGAAAUCUCCGCCAUCAAACCGCUUCAAUUCAUCCUCAAACGCUACUCCAUUUCCAUGAUUCGGAAAUCCAGAUUACUCCACAUUUUUCUCCAAGACCUCCGCCGUAAUCCGACGGUUUUGCUUUCUGCCUCCGCCUUGCUCUGCCUUGAAGAAAUGUACAUCGUUUUGCAAAGAAUCAAAACCUUGAUUGAAGAUUGUUCUAAUGGAAGCAAGAUGUGGUUACUAACUCAGAACCAAUCCAUCGCUAACAACUUUCAUGAACUCACCUUGGAUUUAUCGACUCUGCUUGAUAUCUUCCCUGUCAAGGACGCUGGAUUAACCGAAGACGUCGAGGAAUUGUUCUUCCUCUUGAGAAAUCAGUGCUCCGAAUCUGCCGCGUUUCUUGAUCCAAGAGAUGAAGAUCUCCGAUUGAGUGUGAUGAACACGAUCGAUCGAAUCAAGGAUGAAAUCGUUCCGGAUUGUGCCGAACUGUCGGAGAUUUUCUCCAUGAUCGAUAUUCGCGAUUCGUCGAGUUGUCGUGAGGAAAUCGAGAAUCUCGAGGACGAAGUUCAGAAUCAAACGGAUGAGAAAUCGAGAUCCGAUAUGAUUGCUUUGAUCGGAUUAGUUCGUUACGCGAAAUGCGUUCUGUAUGGAGCGUCCACGGCGGAAUCUGGAUUCCGCCGGAGUGAUUCGAUCUCGGAUUUGCCUGUACCGGCGGAUUUCAAGUGUCCGAUUAAUCUGGAUUUAAUGCAGGACCCUGUCGUCGUGGCAACAGGUCAUACGUACGAUCGUGCGGCCAUAACGCUGUGGAUUGAAUCAGGGCACAACACGUGUCCAAAAACAGGUCAGACCUUGGCCCAUACGAACCUAAUUCCGAACCGGGGAUUGAAAAACCUGAUUGCGAUGUGGUGCCGUCAAGAGAGAGUUCCGUUCGAUGUAGCGGAAAGUAACAAAGAGAGAGUCAACGGCGUCACGUUAAACAAGGCGGCGUUAGAGGCUAUGAGAAUGACGGCGUCAUUUCUCGUUAAGAAGCUCGCCACGUCAGCAGACUAUUCAGUGAACGACGUCGUUUACGAGCUUCGUGUUUUGGCUAAAACAGAUCCCGGAAGCCGUGGGUUCAUCGCCCAAGCCGGAGCUGUACCGUUACUCAUCCGUUACCUCAACUCUGAUAACCCGACUCUGCAAGUUAACGCCGUCACGACGGUGCUAAACCUGUCCAUUUUCGAAGCCAAUAAAUCGUUGAUAAUGGAGACCGACGGCGCGCUGAUCGGAGUCAUCGAGGUACUCCGCUCCGGCGCCACUUGGGAAGCGAAAGGGAACGCCGCCGCCACCAUAUUCAGCCUCUCCAGUAUCCAUUCUUACCGGCGGAGAAUGGGGAGGAAGAGUCGUGUUAUCAGGGGACUGCUCGAUUUGGCCAAAAACGGGCCGAUUAAUUCAAAGAGGGAUGCUCUGGUGACCAUUUUGACACUAGCCAACGACAGGGAGAUCGUCGGUCGGUUAAUCGAAGGUGGGGUUAUGGAGGCGGUGAGCCAUCUGAUGAAAAGCCUGCCGGAGGAGGCGGUGACGAUUCUGGAAGUGGUGGUUAGGAAAGGGGGAUUUGUGGCGAUUGCUUCUGGUUUUUAUGUGAUUAAGAAAUUAGGCUCUGUGUUGAGAGAGGGCUCCGAUAGGGCCAGAGAGAGCGCCGCCGCGGCACUGGUGACAAUGUGCAGGCAAGGUGGGUCGGAAAUGGUGGCGGAGCUGGCGUCUAUUGCUGGGAUUGAGAGAGUGAUGUGGGAAUUGAUGGGGAGUGGAACGGCGAGAGGGCGGCGAAAGGCAGCAUCGCUAUUGAGAAUACUCCGGCGAUGGUCAGCAGGUUUGGACGGAAACGGCGGCGCUGGAGGAGAGUCCAUGACAAUGACUUCGUCGAGAAUGGGUGGCGACUCAAACCCCAUUGUUAGUUCAUCAAGAGGAGCAAUUGUGCAUGUGUAGAAGAGAAUAGCUUUGUUUGUAAAUUAAUGCGUUCUUUAUUUGUUCUUAGUUUGAGNAAAA